GAACCGGGAGGCCCUUCUAUAAAACUUUGAUUGAAGAAAUUAUGUUUAGUGUACAAUUAGAUAAGUAUAGAGAUGCUUAUACACGCAUUUUAUACAAUAUUACAAACAUGAUGCCAUGUUUUCCCUUUUCAUAUGAGAAAUGUGCACAAGAGGAAGACAAAAUGCCAGAGGAUCUAAUGCCCUCUGCUCUUAACUACUUAAGCGCAAAAACACAAACACUUAGAAGGCAUGAGGAAAUGCAAGAGGAUCUAAUGCCCUCUGCUCUUAACUACUUAAGCGCAAAAACACAAACACCUAGAAGGCAUGCCGGAGAGUUGUGCGAAAUCUGCAUGGACACCAAGACGCAAAACCAGAUGUUCAGAAGCGAUUCGUGCACACAUUCAUACUGCUCCGAUUGCAUCGGCAGGCACAUCACCGCUAAGAUUAAGGAAAACCGCGUGAGCGGCGGCGGCGUUAAGUGCCCCGACGUCUUCUGCAAGGGAAUCAUCGAACCGCAACACUGUGGUUCGAUCAAUAUUCGCAGGGAAGUGUUGGAUCGGUGGGAGAUUGCGGUGUGCGAAUCGCUGAUACUUGCUUCGCAGAAAUUUUACUGUCCUUACAAGGAUUGCUCGGCGAUGAUGGUGGAUGAUGGGAGCGAGCCGGUGACGGCUCCCGAGUGUCCCAACUGCCGGAGAUUGUUCUGUGCGCAGUGCAAGGUGGCGUGGCACGCCGAAAAGGAUUGCCGGGAGUUUCAGUCGCUGGAUAUUGAGGACGAGAGGGGGAGAGAAGAAGACGUGAUGUUAAUGGAGUUAGCUGAGAAAAAACAAUGGAGGCGAUGCCCUCGUUGCAGCUUUUACGUUGAAAGGAGAGAUGGUUGCCUGCACAUUUCUUGCAGGUGCGGGAAGGAAUUUUGUUAUCGGUGUGGAGCAACUUAUUCUCCACUCCAUGUUUGCCCAUCCACUUAUGAUCAAGACUAAUUUGGAUUCUAAAAAAGAAUAUUAAUUUUUAUAAAAAAAAUUAUAUGUUCUUGUAGAUCACUACUAUGAUAUGAUGUUAUUGCACCAUAUAUAAUUUCUACAAUUAUUAUUGGUAAUAUGUAACAAGAAAAUAAUUUUUGAAUCUACUCUCUUCUGAUCCGUUGUGAAAUUUGUAAUUGUAGUACAUGAGAAUGAAUGCAUAUAUUUUGUCUUGUUCAGAAUAUAUA